UUAUGUUGCGAGAUCUUAGUUGUGUUAUCUGGUUGACUCCUGAAACACCUCCUUCUCCUCCUCCUCCUCCUCCUUCGCCUCCUCGGGGGUUCAUUCUUGGUAUUUUCUCGACUUGGUUGGAUUUUAGCCGCCCCCAACAGACAACAUGGACAGCCUGGACGCAGAACAGAUCAAUGGACUCAGGAAGGCCUUCGAGUCCUUCGACAUGGACAACAAGGGCUACAUCACCCCCGAGACCGUGGGCACCAUCCUGCGCAUGAUGGGCGUCAAGAUCUCCGAGAAGAACUUGCAGGAGGUCAUCGCCGAGACUGACGAGGACGGCUCCGGAGAGUUGGAGUUCGAGGAGUUCUGUUCCCUGGCCGCUAAGUUCCUGAUUGAAGAGGACGAGGAGGCCCUGAAGGCAGAGCUCCGAGAAGCCUUCCGUAUCUACGACAAGGGAGGUGACGGCUACAUCACCACCGGAGUCUUGAAGGAGAUUCUUCGCGAGCUGGACAACAGGCUGACGGAGGAUGACUUGAACGGCAUCAUUGAAGAGGUGGACGAGGAUGGCUCCGGCACCCUCGACUUUGAUGAGUUCAUGGAGAUGAUGAGCGGUUAAGACCCAGACCCCAAAACACCGUCCAGGCCACUUACAUAUUACCAAGAAGUUAUUAUAAUUACAUCUAUAUAAUCAUUACGUUUAUAUAUCCUCAUUUAUUUCUCUCGAGUCAAUGUUGAUUAGCUCUUUUUACACACAUAUAUAUAACUUUGAUUACGUUGUUAUUCCUUAAUUAUGUGUUUUGUUAUAUAUAUCAAUGUUUUUUUUAAGAGUUAGUUAAUAUUUAUUUGUUUAUUUAUAUAUAUUUGAAUUUAUCUAGGCUCCAUUAUCUGUUUUCUGAGCUUUCUUUAAUAUUAUAAAGCCUAGUGGUCUUCUUAAACUGUCUAUUCAUUCAUCUAUCUAAAUAUUUGUCUCAUUCUAUUAAUCUAUAUUCAUUUAUCAUCUAUUUUCUAUUUAUUUUUCUCUAACUUCAAUAAAUUUUCACUCUAGUUUAUUGAUUUCAUUUUCCAUACAUUACACUUUAUAAUCAUCAAUCUAUCAUUUUAAAUCUUUCUUAUACUUCAUCUGUCUAUAUAUAUAUGUCUCAUUCUAUCCGUCUAUAUUCAUUUAUCAUCAAUUUUCUAUUCAUUUUUCUCUAAACUUCAAUAAAUUCUCACUCUGUUUAUCUGAUUUAAUUCUCCUUCCUUAUUUCUAUCACUAUCAUUUUAAUCUUUCUUAUACUUCCAAUUUCAACUUCAUCUUAACUUCUCUCUUGUCAAUAUCUAUGAAACUCCUUCAAUAAAUUCUCACUCUGUUUAUCUGAUUUAAUUCUCCUUCCUUAUUUCUAUCACUAUCAUUUUAAUCUUUCUUAUACUUCCAAUUUCAACUUCAUCUUAACUUCUCUCUUAUCAAUAUCUAUGAAACUCCUUCAAUAAAUUCUCACUCUGUUUAUCUGAUUUUAUUUUCCACACGUUACACUUCAUAAUUAUCUAUCUAUCAUUUUAAAUCAUUCUUAUACUUCCAAUUUCAACUUCAUCUUAACUUCUCCCUUAUCAAUAUCUAUGAAACUCCUUUUUUUUUCAUUUAUUUCCUAACUUGCCAUCACCAGGAACCGAACCCAGGCUCACGAGUAACAAAAAUCGUGUUUCAUCCACUCAACCAUCGAGGAAAAAAUAUAACACAAACCAACAUCCCGUAAUUAAACAUCUAUCCCAUCUAUAUAUUGAUGUGACGGAGGUGAGCAAUGAGGCUACGCGCAGUCUAGAGCAUAUUUAGAGUUUGCUGUAUAGAGUGGCAUUGAAACCCUUGUAUAGAGCUUCUGAAUCGUCUAUUUAGAUCCACAAAAGCGAUCUCUACGGCUAACCUUCCAUAUUUAGGCCAUGUAACGGGGAUUAGCUCUGAGGCCACGCGCACCUAUAGCAUCUGCAGUCUUUAUAGAUAUUUAGAACCGCUGUAUAGAGUUGUACCCUUUGUAUAGAGCUUUUGAAUCGCCUAUUUAGAUGAACAAAAGCAAUCUAUGGCUAAUCUUCCAUAUUUAGGCCAUGUAACGGAGAUUAGCUCUGAGGCCAAGUGCACCUAUAGCAUCCGCAGUCUUUAUAGAUAUUUAGAACCGCUGUAUAGAGUUGUACCCUUUAUAUAGAGCUUUUGAAUCGUCUAUUUAGAUGAACAAAAGCAAUCUAUGGCUAAUCUUCCAUAUUUAGGCCAUGUAACGGGAAUUAGCUCUGAGGCCACGCGCACCUAUAUAGCAUCUGCCCCCCAACUACACUAACUCCAAUGGCUAUGAACACCUGAAGUCUGACAACGCCCUAUAAUACCUAACCAAGAAUUCACCCGUAGCCUAAUACACUAUACGUUAACCAAUAGCCUAUGCAGUAUAUACCUUGGAAACACCUGUAUUCUAGUCUAUAAUUUAGUUCCUCUAUGGCUGUGCUAGUGUAUAAGCUGAAAUGUAGGCCAUACUAUAAAAAAACAUACAUUUGCUAGGCUAUUUAGGGUAGCAUAUUGAGGUUAUGGACACGCUACUAUCAUCUUUUUCAGCCCAAUGUUAUGCUUUUUUGAACGCCUGUUGUAAGGGUGGUUCUGUAUAGCGAAUUUUGUGUUCUUUGGUAUGAGAAUAAAGGGUACGAGGCUG